AUGUCAGCUUAUAUCAUCAUUGGAGUUGUUGCUGGAAUAGCUGUUAUCUUAGUCAUGAUAACAUGUAUUUGCUGCAUGUCUUCAAAAAAAACAAAGACAGAAGCAGAUAUUCUACCAGCAGAGACAUUCGAAGCAUACGAGAAUCCUAUAUGGAAGAAAACAGAGGUUGAGCACCGAGAAUCUCUAGAAAGCUUAGCCAAUAUACCUCAAUCUAUGAAAGUGUAUAAUUUCAUGGAUUUACAGUAUGCAACAGAUGAUUUCAACCCUAGUUCACAAAUUAACGGGUCUCUUUACCGGGGUAAAAUGAAUGGUGAUCUUACUGCCAUUAAGAAGAUGAAAGGGGAUGUGUCAAAGGAAAUCAGUUCUUUAUCAAACAUCAACCAUUUCAACCUUAUUCGUGUUCUAGGUGUUUGUUUCAAUGAAGGGUGCUGGUAUCUUAUUUACGAGUAUGCAUCAAACGGGCCACUAAACGACUGGAUUUUCAGCAAUAAUACAAAUCAGAAGUUCUUAAGUUGGACACAAAGGAUGCAAAUUGUGUUAGAUGUUGCAAGAGGGCUUAACUAUAUCCACAGCUAUAACAACCCUCCUUAUGUCUACAAAGAUGUGAAGAGCAGUAGCAUUCUUCUUGACAUUGAAUUCAGGGCAAAGAUCAGCAAUUUCAGCCCAGCAAAAUCAGCAGAAGGGCAAAAAAGUCAAAUUACAUCUGAGCAAGUUUACCUUUCACCUGAGUAUAGAGAAAGAAACCAGCUUUCUACAAAAGUAGAUGUAUAUGCUUUUGGGGUGCUAAUGCUAGAGGUACUCACAGGGAAAAAGGCUGCUAACCUAAUAGAAAAGCUAGAUGGGAAUUUACCAGAGGUUUUCGUGGGUGUUUUUGAUGAAACAAAGGGAAAAGAUCGGUUAAGGGGUUUGAUGGAUCCUUCUCUAAAAGGGAAUUAUCCUUCUGAAUGUGUUAUCUCUGUAGUUAGACUAAUUGACCUUUGCCUACAAAGAGAUCCUUCAAGCAGGCCAGAAAUGGAGGAAAUUGUAAGGUCUCUCUCAAAAGUUUUGAGUAUGUCAAUGACCUGGGAAUCAACGCUGUGA